UGUGGGCUUGUGUUUCUGUGCAUACACGCGUGGCUGCUCCUUCAAAAGAAGGAAUUUGUUGUUUAUAUGGCUCGAUAUUUAUGUUUAACUUCGGUAGAGGCUCGUUGGCAGCACGAGGCCUGAGCCCGGGCCGCAUCCACCUGGCAGAUGCCAUCUGCCAGCAUCCUCCGACACAUUUAACGAUAAAACCUCAGCUAGCACGGUGGCUAACCCGCUAACUCUCUGUUAUAAGCUAAAGAGAGAUGAUGGAUGAGGAGACGAGUCGGGCUGUCAUGGCUUUGAUGUUCUUACUCGUCAUGACCUGGUCUGGGUCGGCAGGUUUGGAAUGCACUACAUCCACAACCGAGACGCACAGCGCGGGCCGUUUACUUUCUGCCGUGGUCGACUCCCAGAGAGCUGAGCAGAGUCAGAGACAACACCUGGAAUCUCUUUUCAACAGAUAUGGUGAAAACGGGACCAUCUCUCUGGCCGGUCUGAAGCGUCUCUUACAGAAUGUUGGUUUGGAUCGAAUCAGGACUGUAAGAGUGCAACAUCACGAGCAAGCAGGCCACCAUAAUCAUCAUCAUCAACAUCAUCAUCACCACAAGGGCCACCAUAACCACCAUCCUCAUGAUGACAAUCACGACCAGAGUGACAGGAAGCCGGAAACGCAGGAGGUCGGCUCCACGGUGGCAUACAACGCUCAGCUGGUGGUCAAAGCAAAUGAUGACAGAAGACAAAGCCGCAGCCCCUCAGGGGGGGAAACGACCAGGCCGACUGCUGCAGGGCUGCUGUUUGAAAACCGGACAGAAGUGGCUGCAGUCAGCCGAGGAGGUCAUUUACAUCAUGAACACGAUAAAGACAAACACGUACACCAGGAGGUCCUAAACAACCGAAGCACGGAUGCCAUGGAGUGUUUGAAUGCCUCCAGUAUCCUCGCCUCACACGGGAUGUCGGUGGAAGGGGGCAUGACCCUCAGAGACUUCAGCUUCCUCUGCCCUGCCCUCCUCAAUCAGAUCGACGGGGAAGCAUGCAUCCUGCACAGAGAUGUUGAAAAACACGGGGAGAAAGAUCAUAAGCAUGCUCAUGAUCAUCACAACCACGAGAAGUCGGACCAUGACUUCAGUGAGCGCUCAGGUGGAGAAAAUGGCAAAAGCAUCACGAUAGCGUGGGUCGGAGGCUUCAUCUCCAUCACCAUCAUCAGCUUGCUGUCCCUGCUCGGUGUCGUCCUGAUCCCACUCAUGAACAGAGUGUUCUUCAAGUUCCUCCUCAGCUUUCUGGUGGCACUGGCUGUUGGGACACUGAGUGGAGACGCCUUCCUUCAUCUCAUCCCCCACUCUCAGGGUACCCACCAUCACCACCACGAGGAUUCUGGGAUGAAUUUGGAGGGACAUCACACCCAUGAGAUGCAAGAGGAAAAUCUGGACCCUGUUUGGAAGGGUCUGACCGCUCUGAGCGGAGUCUACUUCAUGUUUCUGAUUGAACACUUCCUGACACUGGCAAAGAUGUACAAAGAAAAGAAACAGAAGGUCCAAAAGAAGUGGGAUCAAAAUGACAAAGCAGAUCCAGAAAAGCAGCCUGCUCUGGAAGAAAACGACUUGAAGCCAACUGAAGAUGUGGAGACCAAUGGUGCUGGUAUGUUUGGUGACCACUCAAGCAGCCUGCAUGGCGGAGGAGUGGCCGAGGAGGAGCAGGUGAUGCUGGCCCCGCAGGUGUCCAACGUCUCGCCGUCUGGUGCUGCUGCCUACACUGACGAAGACUGUGAAAACAAAUGCCACUCGCAUUUCCAUGACACGGUGGGCCAAGCUGAUAGCUUGCACCACCACCACCACGACUACCACCACAUCCUGCACCACCACCACUCCCAGAACCACCACCCCCACAGCCACUCUCACUCCUACUCAGAGCAGCACUUCCAGGAGGCCGGCGUGGCCACGCUCGCCUGGAUGGUGAUCAUGGGAGACGGACUGCACAACUUCAGUGAUGGCCUGGCUAUCGGUGCUGCCUUCACUGAGGGUCUGUCCAGUGGUCUGAGCACGUCAGUGGCUGUUUUCUGUCACGAGUUGCCUCACGAGUUAGGUGACUUUGCGGUUCUCCUUAAAGCUGGUAUGACGGUGCGUCAGGCCAUCCUCUAUAAUGUGCUGUCGGCCAUGAUGGCCUACCUGGGAAUGGUGACGGGGAUUCUUAUUGGACACUAUGCAGAGAACAUCUCCAUGUGGAUAUUCGCCCUGACAGCCGGACUCUUCAUGUAUGUGGCGCUAGUGGACAUGGUGCCUGAGAUGUUACACAACAACGCCGGUGACCACGGCUUCAGCCACUGUGGCUUCUUCCUCCUGCAGAACGCUGGCAUCCUGCUGGGCUUCUGCAUCAUGCUGCUAAUCGCAAUUUUUGAGCACAAAAUUCAGCUGGACCUGGGCUACUGAAGGAGAGUUCAAUCCUGCGUUUCAGCGUCUACGUCAGAGGUGUGGUGUGUUUUUAUGUGUUGUCGGUCCAUCACCUUGACUUAGUUUGUAUUCUCACUAAAAGACACAUCAGCUGAGACUCGGAUGCCAAACUAAAGGUCAAAAUCCCAGAGCUUCUGAUGCUCAUGUUCCUGCUGCUCAGACUGAAGUUAGAUGGAAAAGUUAAAAGCAAGAGGUAGUUUAUUUUUGUUUUGGGUUAUGGUUAAAAACUUUCUGACCAACUCUUGAGAAACAGAGCCUAAAAUAACACAGAACCCCCAUCCAGAAUGCUCUUAAUGAAAAAAAAAAAUACUCCUUACAAUUUACAUGAUAUAAACAUUGUGCAGUUUUCCACCCACCAAAACUUUUUGCCUUCACAUUUGAUGCAGUUAUUUCCCCGCUUAUGUCUGAUUUUAAUCAUUAUUUUGACCUAAAUCAGAAGUGUUCUUGCUGCUAAGUUAAACCAGAUCAGUAUUUCGUUAACCUAAAGUGCCAAAAAAGUGCAAAGGUUAGAACAACAGCAUGCUGGGUAAAGUCCUUCUGUCACUACUGUGCACUGUUGUAUGUUGAGGGUUGUGACUAAAGAUUACUUGAUAUUUUUAUUAAUCCAUGCACUCUUAAGUAAAGAGGUAAACUGCUGUGAACAUGCUGAGAAAUGUCUGCAAGGUUUCCAUCAGACACUCUCAGAGAAGGAAACAACAAAACUGACUAUUUUAAAGGCGGAGCCUCUAGUUUUGGCAUAUUUGCUGGAAAAUGAGUUCCAAUCUUUAUCCUAAUAAUUCCAUUUUAGUUUCUUUGUAUUGGAUGUACUGCAAAGUGUAUUUAUGCUUUUUACAACAGUGAAAGUUAAGCCUGGUUUUAACUCCUUUGUUGAAUCUAUGCCAUAAUCACGCUGUAGUGACCUCCGCUGUCAUUAGCAUGUAGCAUAAAGCGUUCAUGUGCUUCUGCAAUACUCUGCCAGAAACACUGCUUGGCCUUUGAAUUUCUGUUCAGGUCCUGGCAAAUGUUCUGCCUGUUUAUGAACAGUAAAACCACAGAGACUAAAACUGAACCUAGUGUGUGAGAUUCAAAGCUGACGGAUACUGAGCUGCAGUUGAUUAAACUGUUACUGCAAAGAAGAAAAGAGUGGAGACGGCAGAGGAGAUGGAACGUAUGGCGACUGAAUCACAACAGAUGAGGGAAUUUCUUUCAGCCACCAAAAGAGACUUAGAUGGAGAUACAUUUGUUUCCUUGGUUAAUCAUCUGCUCUGACAGGGUCAAAAUUAGAUGUGCAAGUAUGACGGGUUAGCUCAGCUGGUAGAGCAGGUGCCUGUUAGUGCAUAUAUAUAUUUUUUUAAAUCACAAUUACAGAUUAAUUAAGGGUGGUGUAUUAGGGCCACCCUAAAUGAUUAAAAAAAAACUUGAAAUUUUAAGAUUUAAGAUGUAUAUUUACGGGAAACUAAACUCAAUAUUUUAGAGUUUAAAAGUCAUACAUUCAUAAGAACAGCUCAAAAAUUUACAACUAAAAAGCAUAAAUUUGAUGUGAAUGUCAUAAAUUUACAACAUUGUAAAGUGUUAAAUUUAGUAACCCCAGUUUACAGAAAUGAUAAUCUGUUGAUUUUGGGCUAAAUUCUCAAGUAUUUCAUUAUAGAUCAAUCACAGUAAAAAGUAAUGGGUUAGGCUCUCUUGUGAGUGUGCAUUGAAAUGAAAACUGCUUAAUCUGGUCUGAAUUAAUUCUAUUCAAUCAGCUGUUCUCGACUUUAUAAUUUCAAAAAUUUGUAGUUUUAGUUCAUGUAAAUGCACAACUUCUUAAACAUGAUAAUUAUGUUUUGCCCAGAAAAUUAAAAGAUCCUCUUUAAUUAAAAAAAAAAAUAGAAUUUGUGUACUCUGAUGUCAAAAUAAUAAAUACUUCAUACACAUAUCUUUUGGCAUGUAACUAUUAAGUAAGUAGUCCUAUUAUGUUAUGAUUUUGUUGAUGAAAACAAUUAGAAUUGAUGUUUAAUUUUCAAGUGCGUCCUGGAUAGGCUUAGCUUUUCUAGGUUAUGAGUAGGAGGGAACCCGUGUGCUACGGCAUAGAUUCAAUGCUGAAGUUUAAACCAGGCUUUAGGGAAAUGCUAUAAAGAGAAAGAUCUGCUUUAUGUAAUGUAACUGAGAACAAAAUGUUUAUCAGGACAACAAAGAAAGUGUUAACCAGUGCUGUUUAGUUCACCAGGGAGGAUGAACACCACCGACUUCCUCAGAAGAAAUCUGUCCUCUAAAUGAUCUGCUUAUUCUCUGCCAUCAAAAAAGCUGCUAUCAUCUGGUGGCCUUAAAGGUGAGCUGUAGUGUGCUUAAACCUGGCCCUGUUUCUACAUGAGGAUGUAAGUAAAUGACUAAACGGUGCAGAAAGGUGCUCUCGUGGUUUGCUUCUUCUUGCAGGAGUGACACAGACUUAAAUGGCUGCAGUGUUGUUAGUGUUGCAGUGCACAUUAGAAAAGUAAAGGGACAUUAGUCACUAGUUCAUCAAUUAUAGAUGAAAUAGAUGAUAAAAAAAAUUCAAAGUUUGCAUACGUUUAGUUGCAAACAAACAAUAUGUGCAGGAUUCAAAGGAAGGAAAUGUCACCUGUGAAGUGCACUGUGAACCAAAAUACUUUAUUUGUGUGGAAAUUAUAAACAAGAAUGCACAGCGUGUUAUUCAUUACUGCUGUUAUGCAGCAUCUCUUUGCUUUUAGUCAGAAAUUUCAGUAAAUUUGAGUAAAUUACAGACUUUCCUUAUUCUGUGGGAAUGUUUGAGAACAAACAUUGAAGUCAGAGGUCAUUCAUAAGUGAUCAGAAAUCCCCCGGUGAGACUAAUCCUUUGUGAACAGAGCUUAAUACUCUGGAUUAUCUUAGAUUGGCAACAUUGACUUGUGUUUUAACAUUGUAAAUUGGGACCAGAAUAUAAUCUUUGUUAAAACAACUCCAGUAAUGGCAACAGUCAGGUUUUUUGAGGUAAAUUUACAGCUUUUGUCAAAAGAGCAACAGUAUAGUAGUGUCCUAUAAUCAUCAGAGGAACCUUUUUUGCCACUAAGAAAAAUUAUUUGAUUCAGUCGGUUAUAAAAACAUCAACUUCUAGUGGAUGUAACUCGACUUCAUUGCAACCAUUGCAGCCUUUUUCGCUGCUGCAGGCUAAAGAAACCAACCAGAGCAUUUCUAAAAGCCUUGGACUUUUUAAUCCUUAAGGGCCAAGUUUUAGAAAAUUCAGAUUUUACCUUUUGUUGAGGAGACAAAGAUAAAUACUGGUGCCAAAUACACUGACAAGAAGUUUUCUACUAAAAGGUCAACCAAUAAGCUGAUAAACGGAAGAAGGCAUCAAGCCACUUUGGAAAAAUAUGUUUAAAGGCAGAAAGUUGUUAGAGUUUUUACUGUGUGACCUUUUUUUAAUCUUUUUGUUUGUUUGUUUGUUUUUCCAACAAUAUCAGCAGGAAAUCCGUCCAUACAUUAUGCUAAACUGAUGAAGGAACUUAUGUUAAAGUGUCUGUUACACUCUAAGUGUCAAACUUUCCCUGUUACAAAAAGUAAAAUAAUCAGCUUCAUGUGUUGUCAUAUAUUAGACACCUCUACUGAGAGGAGAAAAGAGUUAAAGCCAAGAUUUGUUUAUCACAAGGGGUUCCCAACUAUUUUGGCAUGUAAAAAUGUCCAUUGAUAAACUAAGAAGUCUUAUUUGUUUUCCUUAUUUGCUGCUUUAAUUGAGAACUGCUCUCGGCAGUAAGGAAAUAUCCAGAUUUCUAAUUUUCUGUGAUUGAACAAUGCUAGAAUCCCCCCUUGUUUCCAGUGUUGGUGCUAAGCUCAGCUAAAUCGGCUAUAAGCUCUGAAUCUUUUGUCUCUCUGAGGUGAAAAAAGAAAUAUUUUUGUCAUAUCUGGAGCCAAAACAUUCCUUGUGAAAGUGUUCAUCUGUCCUGAUAAACCUUUCAAGGUUGUCAAAAUUUUUGACUCUCUAAUACCAAUAUUUCUGAUAGCCCCUGCUUGAAACGAUACAAUAUCCAUUCAUGUUUGCACUCAAAGUUGUGUUGAGUUUCAGAAGCAUUGAGACUUUUGACAAUCUCAAUCCUUCCUGUUAUGUUGUCUCUCUGUGAAAUGAGAGUUUGAGCCUGUCAGGGGAAAAAAAACUUACAGUAGAGAUCAUUUGUCUGGCUACACCCCAGCCAUUACAGCAUGUGUCUGAUUAAAGUUAAAUUCUGGAGUCGUCUGGCACCCACAUACAAAAAAAAGAUCAAAUAUUUAAGGAAAUGACUUGUUCUGAGCUAUUUUUUUAGCUUUAAAAGCCACAGAGGCAUCCACAGUCUGACCUGCUUUUAUCAACAUUAUGAUAACAAAAUAAACCUCAGCAGGUCAACUAUUUGCUGUAUUUUCCCUUUAUUUUCUCUGUUUUGAUUGUUGCAGCUAAAAAAUUAAAGAGGCAGCUCAGCAUGAGUCUUUGUUACAUUAUUCCUACCAUUUUGUUUUUUUAUGUGGGCUUUAAUUCCAAAAAUGUCCAUCAGGAGCUGGAUUUGAAUUGUUUUCCAUGUUUUUUAUCACUGUGUUUAAGAUGCUGCUCUGAUGUCUAGGUCAAGCAAAGUUUCUUUAGGAAAACAACAUAAAAAUCUGAACCUCACAUCUCAUGUAAGAUAUUAUAGGUCCUGUGUAACUAUAUGUAUGUCUAUGUGUUUCAUUAGUUUCAGAUCUGAAUAAUAUGAGUCUUUUACAUUAUGGUAAAAAAAAACCAAAAUAAUCUCAUCACAAACUAAAAAAUGUUACUGACCUCAAAAAGAGGAAACGGAUUGAAUGUCUUGUCUUGAAGAAAUCUUUGAAAUCUGUUUUUGUCUGGAACCGCAGGAGGUGGAUUCGAUCAUUAAAACACCUCAUUGUACACCAAACAGGACUGAGAUAAAUACUCAAAAUUUCAACUGUUUGAUUAACUUUAAAUGUUCAACUUUGACUGGAAAUGUUUUGAGCUGUUUACUUGAUAUUGAUCAUUUUUGAGGUUGGUUUGAUUUGGUAAAGAUGUUUUGAUAACAGAGCUGUAGAGAGGGGAAAUGUGGAGGGAGCCGGGGGCAUAGUGCACAAGAUAGCAUCAGGAUUGCGAGUCACUCUUCCCAACCCCACGUUGUCUUUAACUGAGGAGUCUUUCCAAUUAAAGCUGCACUCCACAGGCUUUAUUUUACUUAGCAGUAUACCACAGUUUUCUCUAAAUACAGAAUUAUAACCUUGUGAGGGGAACAAAGAUGGUAAGCGUGGUAUCACCAGGCUGGUCUGUGCAGCCAUGUAUCAUUGCACAUGGUGCACAGUGAAGCUGAUGCUUACAGUGAGCAAUAAAUGGUUGGAAAAGACAUUAGUCAUGAUGGUGCAUUUUAGUAUUUGAUACUGGCGUUUUAGCGACUGGAAUAUAGAGACACAGCCCACUUGUUGAUGAGAAAUGGGUUGAAAGUGUGUUAUACACAGAAUCUUAUGUUUGAAGAUUACCAGCACAUUUAAAGACUCCCUUAUCACUUAUUGAGAUAUUUCCUGCACAAUCUGCAGGGUAAAUAUGUUGACUGAUAUUUUGUGGUGGUUUUGAUUGAUUAUCUGCCAGUUUGUCCAGCAGGGGGUACUGUGGCCCCAUAGUUUUGAACACUCUUGGCACAGAGCAGCACACCAAACAGUGUCACUGCUGAAAAGUACCUUUUAAAGUAGCUAGUAGUCUUACGGGAUUGGAAUUGUUUCAAAAUCAACAGAAAAACCUUUUGAUUUUUUAAUCCAGCUAAAAAGAAAGCUGGUUUAUUUUCACCAUUUCUAAAAUUCUGUCUCACACAUUAUCCUCUGUUUGUAAACACAAUGGCUUGACGUGGUCGUUUUUGAUGAGUGAAACUUUUAGCAGCCUCAGAAGUGAUCAAGUUCAGUUAACUCCUCAAAAAAGGAAAAAAAGAGCAAAAUCAACCUUUGAAUUAAAACUGUCAGAAAAGGUUAAUCUGUUUUUUUGUCAGUGUAAUGAAUGUGCAGCAACGUCUGCAGAUGUGAAGUUGACUCCCUUUACUUUGACAUUCCUGAACAACAAUA